AUGGGUGUAAAAGGACUCUGGACGCUUGUAGAGCCAUGUGCCAGACCGGUUCGCUUAGAGACUCUAAGUGGCAAACGAGUCGCAGUUGAUGCUUCCAUAUGGCUGUAUCAGUUCAUCAAGUCGAUGCGCGACAAGGAUGGCAAAGCUAUAAACGGAUCGCAUAUACUGGGCUUCUUUCGACGAAUAUGUAAAUUGCUGUUUUUUGGUAUCAAGCCCAUCUUUGUCUUUGAUGGUGGAGCUCCUGAAUUGAAGAAGAUCACAUUGCAAGGACGUCGAAAGAGGAAGAACGCUUCAGACGUAUCAGCUAAAAAGGCAGCUGCUUUGCUGGCUGCUGCCAAAGUCAAGAUUGCUGCACUGAAUGAGAUUGAGAGGGAGAAGAAGAACAAGAAGAAUGGUGGUCCAGGCUCUUCAAAUAUCAAUGUGUCAUCAGAUGCCAUUACUGCACUUCAAUCCAACGUAAAAUAUUAUGGAGAUACCGAGGAACUUGACGAUGAUGAAGAAGAAGAAAGGCAACCUACGCCGAAAGCAGCUCACGUCACUUCCGAUACAGAGCAGGCAUCCGAUGACGAACGAACAAACGUACAACGAGAAAUAGUAGACUUGCUGGCCGGAGCCAAACAUCCACAUCAUAAAAAACGGAAACGAGGAGGGCAAGGUGACGAGUACGAACUACCUGAAAUGCCUGAUUUGCAGUCAGUCACUGUUGCCAGUCACGAUCCACGUCUAGUUACCGAAGCAGAAAUGAGAGACUUUAUCAGCGAACACAAGAAAACUGUUGAUUUAAAGGACGUGGAUAUAGAUUCGAUACAAUUCCAGUCAUUGCCUCUCGAAAUACAGCACGAAAUCAUUGUCGGCUUGAAAACCAAGUCUCGACAGGCCUCUGCUGCUCGUCUGGAUGAGAUGCAAAGGAAUGCCAAGACGUCUCUGGAUUUCUCUAAAAUGCAAAUACGUAAUUUGGUUAAUCGAAACACGUUGACUCAACGAUAUUAUGAUUUCACGAAAGGAAGUGGUAAACCUGGAUCAGCAGAACAAGGCGAGGCCAAAGAUGGUCAACGUAAAGGUCGUAAGGCAAUACCGCAACGUAUAGCUUCUGAACGGCAACGAGAAUUCUUCCUCGUCAAGAAUAACGAUGCUGAUGGUGGAGGAUAUACCCUGAAAACAGCUCAAUCCCAAAAAGUAGUCGACAACAAUCGUAUUGUACCCACCUCAUCGCCUACACAGUCUGAUAAACCAAAAAAGGCUCCCGUUAUAGUUAUAGACGAGGACUCUGAAUUCGAGACUGACGAUAGUGAUGAUGAUGAGUUUGAAGAAGUCAAGAUUGACCAAGAAGCUCUCGCUGCGGCUUCUACUCUUAUAGACGAUGACGACAAACACGAUAAGGAUAUUGAAGCUGCGCUGUCGAAUAGCAUGGAAGUCGAGCCUGCUAGUCGUGAUAGUGAUUCCCCUCUAAGUAUCGAUGCAGGCAAUUAUGUCAGUGACGAUCAGAGUAUAGCAGAAGUCAUGUCUCGAUUUCAAGCUUUAGAAGACGAAGCUGUGAAUCAGACUGAUAAUAAUAGUGGCAAUAAGAAUGACAAGGCCGCCUCAUCAUCAGCAACUCAAGAAGACAUAAUGACAACGCUAGCCUUCAUGUCUGCUCCUGAACUAUUAUUCAACUUUUCGCAAUCCAAUCCAGUAGAUACGGAUACUACGGAAUACACACCUGCUAGGAUGAAGGAGGUGCUGGAGGUAUGGCAUUUGGAGCAGGUCGAUGAUGAAUUGACUAGUGUUGUGAAAAGAAGGGAAAAGAUGCCAGAGGCUUCUAAAGGAAGUCCCCGGGACGUUGAAAUGAGAGGCUUUCAGAAGUUUCUGGAGGUUGCUCGGGCGUGGAAGUUGGCGCAUCCUGCCGAAGAGGCCACCGCUGACACUAUUGGUGAUGCUGCAGCUAGUACUGGUGAAGCUCCAGUGACGCCGGCAGCAGCAUCACAAGUACCUGCUUCAACGUCACCAUAUUUUAAUGCAGCAAAACCAACAAUCCCAUCACAAUCUUCCUCCCAGACACCCAAAACACCACAAAAACAAGUGAAAAGGUCAAAUCUGAAAUCCCACCACACCUCCAUCAAGUCAUCCCAACAGAAAAUAUCCUUCCCGUCCUUGAGAAGCACUACCACCAACAAAACAAAUAGUAGUAAUAAUAGCCAGACUGGUAAAACAUCAUCACCAGACUCAUCUCCCAGUAAGAUUCUAGUUCUCGGACAAGGAGGCAAACUAGUCGCUCAACCUCUCGUAGAAAGUGGUCCCGUAUUUGGAGACACAUGGAGCGAUAGUGAUGAUGAUGAGCUCGAUAUUGCUCUAAAUAAGAAAUUCUUGGCUGAUGUUGUACCUGCAUCAACAGGACGUAGGGAAUCUGAUGAGGAUUUGGUGAUGAGUCAAUACUUGGAACGUGGUAGUAGUAUUGCUGUUUCGAAUAGGAGUGGUAGCAGUGUUAAGAGUAGUAAUGGGACUGUGAUCAAGAGCAAAGUUGAGAGAAAGAGUGGACUUGCUUUUGUGGAUGAAGAUGAGGAUGAGGAUAUGGAUGAUGGUGUAAACAGUAGUCAAGUCAAGGAUGUUGAAGACGUUGAACCUAUUGAUAUGAUGGGUGAUGACUUUAUGCGUGUCGAUGAUGUUGAUCAGCAUGCGGAUAGUUAUGGUAAACAAGAAGAUGUAGUAGCUAUGACGGAAGAGUAUCCAAAUCAUAAUAUGCAAGACGAUGAAGACACGGAAGAUGUAUGGUUUGAAGAUAACUUUACAGCUGCUCGCAUACCCGAUGAUAAACCAGAAAUGGCCGAUGAACCAGAAGUGAAACGACCACGACUUCAGUUUAAUGACUACGAUGAUGAUGUGGUCAUGAUAUCACGAGAUAAGGCACCUUCUGUUGCACCAUCAUCGCCUGUAACACCUCAUGAUGAUUUUCGAGAUGCCAAGAUACCACCACAACCUGAAAUAGAUGAUUCACCAUCACCUUCAGCUAUACCUAUGAAUCCACCUUCGGGAGUCCUUCGUAUACGAGACGAAGAUGAUGAGCCUGACGAAGCUGAUACGUCAGAUAUGGAAGAAGACGCCAUGGAAGAAGUAGACGAUGACGAGAAUGCCACAGCGCGUCGUCUAGAUGUCCCCAUCUCCACCGAACACGAAACAGACGACUUUGCUCAAUUCGUAUCAUCAAUAGGUCAACGAGACGUAAUCGAAGUACGAGAAGAACUCGAACAAGAAUUAACGACACUAAACCAAGCUAAACGUAAAGCCGAACGAGAUGCUGCUGAAAUCAACGAGAUGAUGACCUCAGAUGCACAAGAGCUGUUACGACUAUUUGGAAUUCCAUAUAUAGUUGCUCCACUAGAAGCUGAAUCCCAAUGUGCUGAUUUGUAUAUCCGCGGGCUAGUUGAUGGGAUAGUGACUGAAGACUCGGAUGUAUUCUUGUUUGGUGGAUCGAACAUAUACAAGAAUAUGUUUAAUCAGACGAAAUAUGUCGAAACGUAUUCGAUCAAUGAUAUUGAGACGAGUAUGAGACUUACGAGGGAGGAUUUGAUCAAGAUUGCGUAUUUGCUAGGUAGUGAUUAUACGGAGGGGAUACCUGGUGUGGGGACUGUCACUGCUAUGGAGAUUCUGAAUGAGUUUCCUGGUGAGGAUGGGUUGGCGGAUUUUAGAGAGUGGUGGGCUGAAGUGGUGUCUACUGAUGAUCGUGGGAGGAAUCAACCUACGCCGUUUAAGCGCAAGUUUGCCAAAAAAUGUAAAAAGAUCGACCUCCCAGGCUCCUUCCCAGAACCUCGCGUCCGUGAAGCAUACCUGCAUCCACCCGUACACGAAGACGAUACGCCCUUCGUUUUUGGCAUCAUCGACCAUAUAGGACUCCGCAAAUUCUUUAAAGAACAUGUGUCGUGGGAAUCGGACAAGACGGAUUCCGUCCUCGUACCAGUCAUUAAACAGAUACAAAAAGUUAGGACUGAGGGUGCCCAAACCAUGCUGCAUCGAUUCUUUCCGUUGCAGGAUAAAGAUCCCAGUACUGUUACCCAUAAGUCGGGUCGGAUUAAUAAGGUGCUGGAUUCGAUGAGGGGAAGCGCUGGUGGUGAUGGCAGUAAGAAGAAGAAGGGUGGCGGUAGUACGACGACAAAAAGAAAGGGUGGUGGUAGUAGCAAAUCAAGUCCUGUUAAAGGUGGCAAGACACAGACCAAGGCUGGAAUUAUUGCAAAGACUAGCUCGGCGAGAAGCAAUGCUAGUGAUGGUAAUAGUAAACCGACGAAAGCCUCAAAUACCAAGACCUCAAAGAGAGUAGUGCGAGAAGAUAGUGGGACUUCAUCGUCUGAUUCAGACUUUGAAUGA